AUGAGUGCCGGGCUAAAGAGAGGAUUCAUAACUGCCCGUAUUGGUCAAUCAGAAGGUCAUCACUUGCCAGCAGCCAAUGUUGAGUUAACAAGCCAAACAGAAGAAAAACAGAAAAUUCUACGUGAAUUAUGCUUGAAAUACGAAACGUCCAAAGAAGAAUUAACAAAUGAGACAAAAGAAUCAGAUGAAUUAAAUAAAAGAUUAUCAUCAUUACAGAAUGUCAUUUCGUUAUUAGAAAAAGAAUCGGAGAACCAAAAGGAGUACGUGAAGUUACGUGAAUUGGAGGAUAAAAAACGGAAAAAGGAAAUUAUCCAACUGAGAUUGGAAAAGAAGAAGGAGAAGAUGCUCUAUGAAGAGUUGAACAAGAAAUUGAAUAAUUUGAAUGUUCGAUUACAAAGUCUCUCGUCGACAGAUCAUGAGACUCAUACGAAACAAGCUAUUAUUAAAAUGAAAAUACAAAGUCUCGAAGAGGAGAGAAAGCAUUUGGUUUCUGCUUUGACUAAAGAUGAUCACAUAAUAAGAGAUUUACGGGAAUAUUUAAGCCAAACGGCUAAAAGUGUUUUUGAACAGCAGCAAAAGCUCGACCACAUGCAAAUAGGAAUCAAAUCAUCUCAAGAUGAUUUACGUACUUUACAAAAGAAAAUGAGAAUGGAAAAGAGGAAUCAGAUGAAUUUGAAAUCAAAAAUUGAGCAAUGCUAUCAAAAGAUUCAAGAGAAAGAGGAACAAGUUGAACAAAUGCAAACAGAGAAAAACAACCAUUAUACUCAUGAAAGAGAACUUGAAGGUCGUAGAGCUCAAAUACAGAGCUUGGAGGAGAUAUGGCUUGGAUUAGACGAUAAAUUAAUCACAUCGGAAAUAAGCUUAGCUGAUUUCCGGACGAAGAAGGAGCGAAUUGAAGGAAAAAUAAAAAAAUUACAAGCUAAGAUAAGCUUGUUGUCAAUGCAACCAACUCCCUCAUUGUACAAAGGAUAUGUAUCGAAUGGAUUGGACAUUUCGUUCAAAAGGAAGAAAAAGUCUUCAGCUCCUUAUGAUGAUGACGAGAAACGAAUAUCAACAAGAGGCUCAAUGCGAGAAUCAAUUGAAAAUGCUCGUCGGGAGACGUUGGAGAAAGAAAGCGAAUAUCUGAAAUCUGACAAUGAUUUCUCAGCUUUUAUCGAUUGCGAACAGUAUGAUUACAUGAAGAAAGAAAUAAAAGACAGAGAUCAAUUUUUAAAAUCAGCCGAAUCUGAAGCGGAGGAAUUGCUGAGACGUCAGAAUGUGAAAGAAGAACGGACAGCCCAAGAAUUACAUAGUGAAGUGGAUGGAUUAGAAAGAAACAUAAGUAGUCUACAGAAAGUGAUAGAGGAUAAGAAGAUAGAAUAUGAUACGAAUGAAGAUAGAAUUCAUCGCAUUAAUGAGAAGAUACUUAGCUUACAAAUCCUAAAAGAAGAAUCCGAACGCAAAGCCGUCGAACUCAGAACAAAUAAGGAGAUUCAAACGGAAUCUUUGCUUCUAUCUUUGAAUGAUGAAAGGAAUGCAUUGGAGCAUGAGAGGAAUGAGUUAUUAAGCCAAAACCGUCUAUUUGAGAGAGAUAUCGCUGAAACAAAGCAUCAAUUAGCUCUGAUUGUUUCUUGGAAAAACAGUUUAAACUACAAAGAGUUCAAAGAUUUAAAGAACAUGAAAGAGCUCUGGUCUAACAAGGUCAUUCAACUACAGAGUGAAUUGAAAAUCUUAGAGGAAACUUUGGCUUCUGCAAAGAAAUCGAACAGUCUAGUGAGAGGAGAAUUAAAAAUUGUCAAACCAUAUGAGCCGGAAACGUACGAAUACGAAAUGCUCAAAUUUGAAGAAAGUCAGUUGGAUCAUCAAUUGGCAGAUCUGAAAAGAAAACAAACAAGUGAUGCCCUGACAGCCAAAGGAUGUUUCGAAUUUCCUAAAUAG